CAAAAUAAAAGAGGCAAGACCUCGGCUGCCAUAACCAGAAGGAUACUCUUUAGGCCUUUUCAAGCUCUGUUUCUCCAUAAAGCAACAAACUUUGAGGAUGGAUACAGAUAUUCAUGUAUUUAGUUUGUGGGAAGAUCACGUUGUUUCUCAGGAGAAGGGCCGUCGUGUUGUGCACUACUACUUGAGGAUACCUCAGGGGAGUAAGUUCAAGCCACAUGCUAUGUGUUGUCUCAGAGGAUUAUUUGGAUGCUUUUGGGCACACAAGUACCAUGAAUUCCGACACAAAGUGGCGUGCAAGAAAAGAGGUAGUGGAAUGGCUGGUGUUUUUUAUUUCAAAGCAUCAUUGAUCACCAUCUAUUUCAAGAAUGGAUUCCUUCCUACAAAGUUGCAGUCUCUGAUAAAUUGGGCAUGAGAUGCACUGGACGCCUCACAGUUCGGCCCCAGCCUCAGGAGGAUUCUUCUGACUAUUCUUUUGAACUAGGAGCUGCAGUUGAUGCUUGGUGAUCUAACGGGUGGUGGGAAGGUGUUGUUACUGGAUUUGAUGUCACUGGAAGUGGUCAUCUUCAGGUUUACUUCCCUGGCGAGAACAUAUUAUUGGAGAUUCAAAGGAAGAACAGGGUCGAUGACAAAUGGGUUGAAGUUAAGGGAAAGAUAGAUAUAAAGUCGUUCAUAAGCUCUAGUUUAAAAGAUGUAUCCAAGUGCAGUAUCAAAGAACCUGACAACUGCGAAAAGCAGAUGGCUCCCAAGCUUGUGUCACGUGAAGACAACAAAAUGACAUCAACUUGUAAACACUCAACAGAGAAGCAAGACACUGAUGUCCUUAAACUGAAAAAGCGACGGUGUAUUGAUUUUCUUGCAGGUAACAAGAACUGAUUUCAGACAAUUCUACAAGUUAUAAUGCUGGCGUCUAGCAGUCGCUAGUUCUUUUCGAUAAUGGUGAAAUACUUUUGGCACUGUGGGUAAAUUUUGAUUUGAUGGAUACAGAUAGUCAUGUAUUUAGUUCGUGGGAAGAGCACGUUGUUUCUCAGGGGAAGGGCCGCCGUGUUGUGCACUACUACUUGAAGGAUACCUCAGGGGAGUUAAUCCUUGCUGUAGUGGGUACUGAAGGAAGCUCAAGGAACAUGCUAUAUGUUGUCUCAGAGGAUUAUUUGGAUGCUUUUGGGCAUACAAGUACCAUAAAUUCUGACACAAAGUGGCGUACAAGAAAAGGCGUAGUGGAAUGGCUGACAAUUUUGAUUUCAAAGCAUCACCAAUCACCACCUAUUUCAAAUACCCCAAGAAGAGAAACAAGAAGAAGUGCUUUGAUGGCUGGUCACAUAUCUGAUGAUGUCUCAAAAAAGAUAACCCAAGAAGAUCCUUCAAUGCAAGGACCUAGUGGGAGUAGAAGUGUCGGUGAGAGUUGCCAUUCUGGUAUCAGAAAGUCAAUUCCAGGUAACCAGAUAGCACAAGCCAAACCACCAACUUACCCAAAGUUAAAAAUAAAAUAUCCAAACAUAGAACCAGUAGGAAUUCAGCUUGUGGAGCCUCAAUAUAAGCGGUCUUUUGAUGUUGGUGACAGCAUAGAGGUUCUUUGCAACGAUAGUGGCAUGAAAGGUUGCUGGUUCAGGUGUAAAGUAUUACAGGUAUCACAAAAACGUAUGGAAGUUCAAUAUAUUGACAUUCAGGAUUGUGAAAGUCUUGAAAAGCUCGAGGAAUGGAUUCCUUCCUACAAAGUUGCAGUCUCUGAUAAAUUGGGCAUGAGAUGCACAGGACGCCUCACAGUUCGGCCCCAGCCUCUGGAGGAUUCUUCUGACUGUUCUUUUGAACUAGGGGCUGCAGUUGAUGCUUGGUGGUCUGACGGGUGGUGGGAAGGUGUUGUAACUGGAUUUGAUGUCUCUGGAAGCGAUCAUCUUCAGGUUUACUUCCCUGGUGAGAACAUAUUAUUGGAGAUCCAAAGGAAGAAUGUGCGGACUUCAAGAGACUGGGUUGAUGACAAAUGGAUUGAAGUUGAGCAAAAGAAAGACAUGAAGUCGUUCAUAGGCUCAAGUUUAACUUAUGCAUCCAGGGGCAGUAUCAAUGAGCCGGAGAACUGCGAAAAUCAGAUGGCUCCCAGGCUUAUGGCACCUGAAGACAACAAAAUGGCUUCAACUUCCAAACACUCAGCGGAGAAGCAAGACACUGAUGUGCUUAAACUGAAAAAACGAUGGUAUAUUGAUUUUCUUGCAGAUAACAAGAACUGAUUUCAGACAAUUCUACAAGUGAUAAUGCUAUCAUCUAGCGCCCGUCAGUUCUUCUCGAUAAUGAUGAAAUACUUUUGGUACUGUGGGUAUAGUUUGACUUGUAAGUAGCUCUCAACGGUGCUCAAUUUGCCUUUGCAAAUCUAUAGGUCUUUGACAACAAUAUAUGGAAUAGGCAUCUUAUAGAACUAUAGGCAAGCACUCUUUGCCAAGAAGUUGGCAUGUUCUUGUAUUGUACACUCUCUUAUCGGUUAUGCAUAAAAGUUGUAACUUUAUGAA